GUAAGGAAUACCAGUAUUCGGCUUCUAUACUGCUGUUAAAGAGUCACUGUUGCAAGUCCGCGACGUUGCUGAACAGGUUGCUAGAGAAUGAAGAGCGUGUCUCUGCGAGGUCCAUUUGCUUACUAUGAGAGGAAAGCGGCCGAGGACGACAGGAGAAUAGCGGACCUAGAAACAGAGGUCAGGCAACGGCUUGCAGAGAAUUCGCAACUGAACCAGCAGCUCAGCCAGCAAGUCGCUGAGAACAAGCGCCUCCAGGACACAUCGAAGGCACAAGGAGAAGCGCAGGAGAAAGCGCAAGCAAUAAUAGACAACCUGCAAGCUGAGCUGGUGCGCUCACGGCAGGACCACCGGGAGGAGCUAGGCCGGCUCACCGAGCAGGUGUCAAGCCUAACGCACGAGCUAGAGCGGCUGACCGCGGACAGCGCGGUGCUGCGGGCAGAGCUGGCCAAAUCCGUGCACCAGAAGCAAGUGACCAACACCAAGCUAGACCAAAUCCGAAAAAAGCUUGGUAUGAGCGAGUCCGAGGCCAAGGCGUUCGUCCAGGAGCUGGACGAGGCGCGCGCUUCCAGCAAGGCCGCGCGGGAGGAGAACCGAGCGCUGGUCGCGGACAACACCUCGCUCAAGUCGCAAGUGGAGAGCCGCUCGCAGCACUGCAUGACGCUGAUUGGGGAGAACAAGCGGCUGCUGGAGCAGGUUUCGGAGCUGCGCAGCCAGCUGCAGAAGAACCAGGGGGAGCUGUGGAUGGCCAAGACGGAGCAGCACACGGCGGCGGCGCGGGAGGUCUCCAGUGCCAAGUCGUUCGCGCAGCCCAUGGUGGUGCGGGAGACCGGUACCAAGGCUGGCGGCAGCCAGAACCGGCCGCCUUGGACUGACACGAGCAAGCCGACGCGCGGCACGUUGACGGUGGAGAACGACCACGUCAAGUCCGCUGUGGUCCGGCAAGCGCUCGCCCUGCGGCAGCCGAAAUAGCGCAACCAUGUAGAAAGCGCGGAGCACGGAGUUGGGACGUGUAGUGGCGCACACGGAGGUGUCGGCAACGCACCUCCGUUCAUGCUUCAUGCACGCGGGCUGCAUAUGCUGGUGACGUGAUGUGUGAUGAAGUGGAUCUGCACGCGGCUGCGCGCGGUGGCGGCGGCGCUGAGCGCAUCGCGGCGGCGGUGACGCUGUGUCCGGCCACGGCGGCGGCGACGGUGGGCCCAAUAAUGGCCGCGGCUGCCGCAGGGGGCCCAGCGGCAGCAUAAGCGGCAGGGGUACGAGGAGGAGAGCGUGAUGCCGCCCGAUACGCGGCGCUGAUGCGCAGGUUGAGACCAUACAAUGUCUGUUUAGGGGUCAGUGGGCGAGCAUAUUAUUACCAUCAGUUCCUUUUGCUUGGGUGCGUGCUGCGUGCUAUCCCUUCAGCUGCUGGACAGAGCGGGCGAUGCCUGUGUCCGGUAACCCUUAAGACUUGAUAGUGUGGUUUAGUGUGGGCUCAGUCCACUAUAUUUUAUGGGCAGUGUGCUUUCAAUGCGAGCCAUCAAGGGUCAAGGGAGUACUGGCGCCCAGACUGGAGCCAUCACGCAGUCAAGCAACCCAACCAGUCAGCCACCGCGCUACAGAAGUUCCGUACCGUACUCGAACGCUUCUCACUUAUGCAAGUGGCCAAUGGCCAGUUAUUAUGCUGCAAUCCGCCUGUUACUGACGA